AUGAGGGAGGGAGGGAUAGUGUGUGGGGGACAGGGGUUGGACGGAAAAUUUGAGGUUGUUGGUAGCGUUGAGAAUAACAGUUACACUGAUAUUAGAAGCCAACGUAACGAGAGUUUGUUUGCCUAUAGUACACCAGAGGAUAUGAUUGUACCUUAUAUGUACAACUCCACUACUGAUAUCCCCUCCCGAGAUGAAGAGCUGACACAUUUUUUACAAAAACUGCAAAAACAGAUUAAAACUAUGGCGGCGAACAGUUCACGCGACGUCAUGGCAACUACAAAUUACAAAAUGACGUCAUCAAGUAAUCAUUUAAAACAAGGGUAUUCAACGGAGCAAAAAGAAAGAAUUAACAGAAUUAAAACAGUUUGUAAAGACACAGAUAUAUUUCGUGACCUUAUAUACAAAGGUAAAAAUAAUACAAGGUACUACUACUCUAAAACUUACGGAUUUUCAUAUUGCAAGGUUCCGAAAUCAGGAUCGACUUUCUGGACACAGGCAUUUUACAUUCUUGAAAAUGGAGUGGAGAAUUCAGAGACUGUGUUUUCUAAAGCAAGGUCACGUGUCCAUGGUUUGAUGGGGAAGUUUAGUGUAAAUUUUAACAGCCAGCAAAGAAAACACUCUUUCUCUGUCAUUGUGUCACGUGACCCGUUUAGUCGUCUGUAUUCAGCGUUCAUUGAUAAGUCAUUCUUGUUUCUAAAUAUAAACCUAAAUCGUGAAGUCAUGCAGCUCAGGUCGCCAUGGAAGCGAAAUUAUUGUUUUGAUGACGUCACAUUUCAAGAGUUUUUUGGAUUUUAUAGAUUGUUUUACAAACACUUCCGAGAUUUUCCAUUGAGCUCUGUUCAGAGUCAGCAUCAGCGAUAUGAGUAUCUUUAUCAGGCAUAUCAAACAAUUAAACCUGAAACUAUAAAAGGUAUACAAGAACUUUAUAAACACGACUUUGUACUCUUUGGAUAUAAUACUGAACCACCAACAAAAUUGAGUUUGAUACAAAAAAGUGCAUAUGGCAUUUUCUUUUUUGCACCGGCUUAG